UAUUUUUCUGGGCGAGAAGAGUCAGGCUCCCAUCUCCUACUCUCGAAGGAGCGUUUCUCUGGGGAACUGCCAGGAGGCUGCUUUCUUUUCCCUUUAGUGAUUCCAGCCUACAUCGGAGCCAUGGCACCAAAAGCACAGAAGAGCCCCAAGGGUCAGAGAAAGGGCAAAAAGAAGACGAAGCAACAGUCGCUUGUUGCAGAAGAAGAGGAGCCAAUGAACAUGGAGAGCAUGGGCCAUCCGGAGAUUUACCCGUUAGUAUUAACUGCCAAGACCCAGGAAAUAUUCAACUGUCGAAUAGAUGAAGAUAUGACAGAUGAGCAAACAUAUAAACUCAUCAAAAAAGAAGAUAUCUUGGCAGACUUGCUAAACCGAGCUGCAGUAUCCGACUUCCACCCAGUCAAAAAAAUUGUCCUGGACUACCCGGGGGAGGAGCUCCUCCUCGUGUAUGACAAAGAUUUCAAAUAUGGACUUAACUUUUACCUCAUUGGAACAGAGGAAGGCAAGGAAAACUUUCUAAAGGCACCAGAAAUGCCAGAGGAACAAGAAGAUCUCAAGGAGCACGUUCCAGAAGACUUGUAUAUCUACAAGCCACCAGUCUCCAAGCCGUGGGUAUCUCUGGGCAGUGAGAAAGAAAUUGAGGAGGAGUCCGUCCAAGAAUCGAAAAAGCGGGUGACCUACAUGAUUUCUAGGAAACGGAGUCAAUUUGGUGCACCCGUGACUUUCAGGGACCAGAAUGCUUCUAGCGUAAAAGAUGCCUACAUUGAGUGUACGUCUUACGCAGAUAAAAGUUACACCCUCACGCAAGUCGAGAAAGACAUUGGCUUGCAAGUCAUCGCUGAAGUCAAGGACACAAGCACACAGACCAGAUGGGCAUUUCCAAGAAAUGCUACGACACAGUAUCAACCAAGAGAAUUCUCAGAAGAGGAGAAAAACGUCCUCGUAGAAUCAAAAUCCUUAGCUGAGUUUUUCAGCACUGUGUCCACCAGUGUCGAAAUAGCCCUGCAGCAAAACGAGAUCAUGAACACAUUUACUGAUGACUGGAGGAGCCUCGCAGAGGAGGAGAGUACCUUUGGGGACAAGACUGACACCCAUCUGAAGGAGUACCAGUCCUUCACAGACCUCCACAACACCAUGGAGAAAAUGAUUACCUGCGUCUCUUGGCACCCCACCAUCUACGGGCUCAUAGUCGUGUCGGUGGCCGUACGCCUCUCCUACGAAGAAAGAGUCCAGAAUUCCAGUAGGCUACUGCUUCAGCCAUCACUGAUUCUCUUCUGGAGUUUCUCUGACCCCAUACACCCUCAGUUGAUGCUGGAGAGCCCUGAUGACAUCUUCUGCUUCGAGUUCUGUCCAAGUGACCCCAAUAUCAUCGCUGGAGGCUGCAUCAAUGGACAGAUCAUCCUGUGGGAUAUCACGGCACACGCGGAACGCAUAGAGAACAUCAAGACGGGCGGUAGCAGAAGUAAAAAGGCCACUCUCAAGCCAAUGUUUCUCCUUGAACCAGACAGCAAUAAAGAAACAAUGUAUGUCAGACACUGUGCGGUGUCUUCCAUUGAAAACGGCCAUAGGAAAGUAAUCACAGAUAUACACUGGCUGCCGGACUCAUUUGAGAUCAACAGGAUGGGAUCCGUCUUUGAGAACCGAAGUGGAAUAAGCUGUCAGCUCAUCACAUGCUCAGCAGAUUGCACAAUUUGUUUUUGGGAUAUUCGACCCCAAAAACCUACAGUCACAUCCGCAGCCACAGCCACAACCACAAGCACCACCAAUACAACCCCCCAACAACCACCGGCAGAGAAGAAGAAAGAAGAAACCAUUGAAAUUCCCUUUGAUGUGCCCUCGACUUUCUUGCACCUAGAUCUCUCCUGGAAACCCCUGAGUAGAAUAAAACUGUCCAAGGGUGAAACAAGUUUAGACCACUGUCCGACCAAGCUGAGCCUGGGCGAAGACCCCGCUCUCUGCAAAAUACAAGGUACAUCUUCCAUCCAUGUUCUUCUGAGAGACAAGAUGCUAAGUCAGAUGAAAUUGCUGAAGGCAACAGAAGUAAACCCCUACCAAAACCUGGAAGGUGGGAUGGCCAACAUGCUCAAGCCGAUUGAGGACUUCCGCACGAAGUUCUUUGUGGGAACGGAGGAAGGUGAGGUGAUCUACACAGACUGGAAAAUGGAGAGGGAUUCUGAAACCGGGCGACUUAUGGCCAAGAAACCUGUGAACCUCUACACCGUCCACGAUGGGGCUGUCCACACUGUCCAGAGGUCACCUUUCUUCAAUGACAUCAUCCUCACUGUUGGGGGAUGGAACGUGGCCAUCUGGAAGGAGGAGGUCCUGACCGGACCGCUCCUUCAAACGUGCUGCGCACCGAAAAGGUACACCUCAGGGCACUGGUCCCUGACAAGGCCUGGAGUAUUCUACAUCGGUCGAGAGGAUGGAUAUGUCGAUAUCUGGGACCUCCUGGAGAAAACACAUGAACCAGCCCAGUCGCAGAGUAUCUGCAUCACCAUGAUCACCUACAUCAAACCCUGGACCUUCUCCUCUAAGCAGCAGUUUAUAGCCAUAGCAGACUACUAUGGAACCCUGCAUAUCUUAGAGAUCCCUUGGACACUAAGUCACCCUUCCACUAACGAGGUAUCAAGUGUGAACUACUACUUUGAAAGAGAAGUCAAGCAUCUGGAAUACGUCCAGCAGCGCAAGGAAAUCCGUGAGGAAGAAAAGAAAGUUAUGGCCUUGGAAAUGAUAAAGAAGAAAGCGAAAACCUAUCAUAGGUCCAAAGAACAAAUGGAGGCCGAGCUGAAGUUGGAAUAUGAAAGCUUUUUGGAGCUUGAACAGUCUGUCCUCUUCGCCCUCGGUCUAAGCAAGGUCUCAGAGAAGAUGUCGUACUUGGACUUGCAUUAGCAGAGAUUCUCGAAGAUGGCUGCUGGGAGACCCCAUUGGUCUUCCCCCUCCCUUUAUUGUUUGUGUGAAGGUAAAAUAGCAAACCGAUCAUAUAUAGGUUUAUUUGUAAAUACAGGCUUUUAUUUAACUGGUAUUAAAAGAAUCAAAUUUUAUCAAA